AUGUGCAACAACGAGAAAUGCUACUACAGCCGGACUUACGCGGAGCGCAGCAGCAGUGAGGGCUGGAUGGUGGAGGACGCUUUCGGCUUCCCAGACGACCAGCCCCCGGUGCGGAUGGUGUUCGGCUGCGAGAACGGCGAGACAGGGGAAAUCUACCGCCAGUUGGCCGACGGUAUCAUGGGCAUGGGCAACAACCACAACGCCUUUCAGAGCCAGCUCGUCGCGCGGGGCGUUAUUGAAGACGUGUUUUCUUUGUGUUUCGGCUACCCCAAGGACGGCAUUCUUUUGCUGGGCGACGUGCCCAUGCCCAAGGGCGCCAACACGGUAUACACACCCCUGCUCAACAACCUGCACCUGCACUACUAUAACGUCCGGAUGGACGGCAUCGCCGUGAACGGUGUGGAGCUGUCCCUGAACGCGAGAAUAUUUACCCGCGGAUACGGUGUCGUACUAGACAGCGGUACUACCUUCACGUACCUACCCACAGAGGCCUUCAAUGCGAUGGCGGCAGCUAUCGGGUCGUACGCACUGUCUCACGGCUUGCAAUCUACACCGGGCGCUGAUCCGCAGUACAACGACAUUUGUUGGAAGGGUGCGCCGGACAACUUCCAAGGCCUAGAAAAUCACUUCCCGUCGGCGGAGUUUGUGUUUGGCGACAACGCGCGGCUGUCCCUGCCGCCGCUGCGCUACCUGUUUGUAUCGCGGCCGGGCGAGUAUUGCCUGGGUGUUUUUGAUAACGGCGGGUCUGGCACACUCAUUGGCGGUGUUAGUGUCCGAGACGUCGUAGUUACGAUGUUUAAUCCCGAGGCUUUAUGCCGCAAUGCCCCCUGCCCCGCGGCGUCUGGCUGCCGCUGCAUUGCGUUGCCCGUUGCAUCGACGCCGCCGCAGUACGACCGCCGGAACGGCCGAGUCGGCUUGACCACCAUGCCCUGCGAGGAGGUGGCGGCGGACCUUGCCUCGCGGCCCAACAGCACCCCGGCACCCGGCAACGUCACCCUCCUCGCAUCGCCACCGCCUUCCGAGGCCAAGACUGAGCAGCCGCCGCCACCGUCGUCACCCUCAGCGCGCGUGAAUUUUACAGCGGCACAGGAUGCAGCCAGCCGAGCGGCUGGUGUUGUGGAAACGUCCCCAAGCGAGCCGCCGCUGGCGUUUUCGCGGGCUGCCUUAAACAUUAACUUUGCUGUCAUUAUUGGUGUCAGUACCGCCAUUGCGGCCUUGUUUACGGUGGGCGAGGUCGUGUUCCUUGGGCGCAGCACUCUAGGAGCAUUGACUACAAAGAUUGUGGAGCGUUUCAGUGGGCAAGGCAGCAGUCGGCUCGCACCGCAAGAUGAAGCGGAGGCGACGCCGCUGACAGAUAUCCGGGAGGACGGGCACAGAACGGACGUGGAAGCUGCGGAUAUGGCUGCAGCCCCACCGAUAAGACAGUGA